GGGAGAGAGGGAGAGGACAGUAAGGAGAAAGGGAGGGAGAGAGAAAGGCAGCGUGUGACGGCUGCUGUGGAUCAGAAAUAAAGUCAGGCAACUAUCUGGAGCAGCAUGACUCUUUUAACACUUGGACUGUACCUGCCGCUGUGGUUUUGUUAUGGCAUGGCUCAAUCAUCUUUUCUGGAGAGCUUUAUUUCAUUCCCAGCAGCUCUCAGAAUCCAGGAGCAGCAGAAGAGAUUCAGCCCAUGCUGUUUACUGAGUCCGCCUCCACCCCCACUGUUUCCUCCACCCCCUUCACUUUGGCGCCGCCACACUCCUAAUUGUAUUAUUAUUUUCAUUCUACAGACUGAGGACAAUGUAUAUAACAGUGGUGAGACGGGCAAUGAGAACAAAGGUUCUUCUUGUGUCCAAGGCCCCCGUGGGCCUCCUGGUUCCCCUGGACUUGAGGGUCCACCUGGAUUACCUGGGAUAGAAGGGCCCAAGGGAGAGAAGGGAGAAAUCGGAAGACCUGGACAAAAGGGUCGGACAGGUCCCCCCGGACUUCCUGGGAAGCAGGGACCAGCUGGAUGGCCGGGACCAACUGGGCCCAAAGGUGAAAAAGGUGACCCCGGGCUGAUGGGUUUGCCUGGAGCCAGAGGACCAAUUGGGCCACGGGGUUUACCUGGGUAUAAAGGGGAAAAGGGUACCCGAGGCGAUCGUGGUGAGAGUGGAGUGAAAGGCGACAAGGGUGCAAUGGGUUUCCCAGGAAUGCUUGGACAGAAAGGUGAAAUGGGUCCAAAAGGAGAGCCUGGAAUCUCAGGAAACCGAGGACCCACGGGCCGACCGGGGAAGAGAGGCAAGCAGGGAACGAAAGGAGACACAGGCAGUAUUGGUCCCAUGGGUCCUGCAGGUCCACAGGGACCUGCAGGCCACCCAGGUCCUCCUGGUUCACCUGCCACAGGACUGUAUAUGGUUGGAACAAAGGGUGCACGAGGUCCACCAGGGCCUCCUGGAAAGUGUGGCUGCAGCUCGCUCAGUAGUUCCCCAUUUGAUGAUUAUUCUUCUCGAGGAAACUACCCCAAAGUACCAGCGAUAUUUGUUGUGAGCAACGAGGAAGAACUGGAGCGCCUUCACACAGAUAAUGCUCUUGCAUUCCGCAAAGACCAGCGGUCUCUCUAUUUCAAAGACAUUGAUGGCUGGCUGCCAAUCCAGACUUUUCCAUUCCAGCUUACACCGUUCCAGUCCAUGGAAAACGCACCUGACGAUGAAGGUUACUGUGGUGAUGGGAUAGUGCAGAUUUCCAGUGGGGAGGAGUGCGAUGACAGAAACAGGGUUGUCACCGACGGCUGCGUCAAGUGUAAACAUGCAUACUGUGGAGACGGAUACCGGUACGAGGGAGCUGAGGAGUGUGAUGGAAAGGACUUUGGAUACCAGACAUGUAAUUCAUAUCUUCCAGGGUCAUACGGUCACCUCAAAUGCACACCAUACUGUGUUAUUGACUCCACCAACUGCAAGUACUUCACUUGAGGUGGAAGCUGGACAGUGCAGCGGUAUCCUCUGUGUGUUAUUUGCUUGACACAUAACAGGAAUAUUCUCACGCAAAAAAAAUAAAAUAAUGCUCCAAGCAAGAGACUCUGAAGGUAGAGGCAGCCAAUGAUUCUGAAAAAACUAAACACAUAUAUAUAACUCCUCUGUAUUGCUGCUGAGAUGCCACGUAGCUCCCUGGAGUUUUACUCAGUCAGUGGCGGUGAAAACCUUCACCCACACAUAGGAAAUGCACAGGACAACUGCACUCUGUCUUAACAAGCAGGACUUAAGACCGGCCUCCUCACCAUGACAGUGCACAGCAUUUGCAUGAGGCUGGGAUUACUGAGACCAUGACAGCAGCUGUCACUAUCCAAGCAUGUAACCCAUCACUUUACUUAUUAUUUCCGCAACAAGGUUCACACUGUGUAGUCUCAAUAUCACAUCAAGAAUUUCAGUUGUAAAGGUAGAACCAGACAUAUAGUCAGAAGUAUGUAUGGUUAGGGAUGGAGAUAGAAGUGCAUAUAGUGCACUUGUAAUAUUUCAGUGUGACUGUUACACCAGGAGGCCACUACUUCAGAGGCCGACUUGGCUUGUGGUGGUCCCUUGACAGGGACAUUCAGUCUGGACAAGGUUUCAUAAAUCCAAAAAAAUUUCUCAGGAACCAACAGGUAAUGUAGCUUCCACGCAGCGCCUUUCACAGGCCUCCUCCACUACACUCUUUGUAAAUGAAGUGGCAGUGACUGUACGCUGAAGCACACAGGUAACUCAGACAAGAGCUUUAAAGUAUCAACAAUGUGCAGUCCUCUGGGUACGAGCGAGUUUCUUCCCUGUGCUUCAGUGAGAAAUGAAAUAUACUGUAUGUGAAGGCUUGAAACUGUUAUGUUCUUAAUUUUCUCACUGCACAGGAAAGGCUGGACUAGUCUGUAGCUGCUAAAGGGAGGAGGAAUUUCAAUUCCAGUCUGUUCUAUGGUCAUUACUGUAUUUACUCUAAUACCUCUUUAUCCAGUCUUUCUGUCUUACAGUAUAUACAGCAACAGUCAAACUCAACAGUUAACUUAACAGUGUAGAUGUAGUCCGCUGUGCGUUGAAGCACCAAGGGUGGAAAUGACGUUGCCGAUAUAAGCUGACAUUUUCCAUAAGCUACUGUAUAAGUCGCAGUGCCAAGGGAGGCCUUUUCUCAGCCAUACUUGUAGAUGUAGUCAGGUGUUCUCAAGUGAUUCUUCUGUAAAAGCAAAACGACUGUUACUAUAUUGUCUCCGCAUGCUUGUGAUACCGCGCUAAUGAGCGUGAAACGCUUCCACUUUGUCAGACAUUGUUUUGUAAAUCAUUGCAUUCAUCAGCAUAGCAGGUGUCUUAAGAGAUAUCAGUCUUGCUCUGCCCAGAGUGUAGAAGUACUGUAUGUAUGACACACCGUAUAUGAUAGUGAUGGACUGUGCCAUGCACAAAGCCGAAAUACCUUUUGGAAACUAUGUUGAAUGUUCUAUCUGUAGCCUGUGCUGCUGUGCUGUGUCCUGUACUGUGUAUGCACAACAAUGCUGAAACAUAACAUGCAUGUGGUGUAACGUACUGUAAGGCUUUCUGAAAUAUAGUAUGCACUGUGAAUGGGAUAGUGAAAGUUCAUUUUGUGUCAUUGUUCUGAUAUGAUUUAUACAAUAGUUGUGGUUCAUUUGAAAUAGAAAUGAAAAUAAAAUGGGAAU